AUGGGUAGCCCCUGGAACGGCAGCGACGGCCCCGAGGGCGCGCGGGAGCCUCCUUGGGCCUCGCUGCCGCCGUGCGACGAGCGCCGCUGCUCCACCUUCCCCCUGAGGACGCUGGUGCCGGUGACCGUCGUGUGCCUGGGCCUGUUCGCCGUCGGGGUGAGCGGGAACGUGGUGACCGUGCUGCUGAUCGGGCGCUACCGGGACAUGCGGACCACCACCAACUUGUACCUGGGCAGCAUGGCCGUGUCCGACCUGCUCAUCCUUCUCGGGCUCCCCUUCGACCUGUACCGCCUCUGGCGCUCACGGCCCUGGGUGUUCGGGUCGCUGCUCUGCCGCCUGUCCCUGUACCUGGGCGAGGGCUGCACCUACGCCACUCUGCUGCACAUGACAGCCCUCAGCGUCGAGCGCUACCUGGCCAUCUGCCGUCCGCUGCGUGCCCGCGUCCUCAUCACCCGGCGCCGCGUCCGCGCGCUCAUCGGUGCUCUCUGGGCGGUGGCCCUGCUCUCCGCAGGGCCCUUCUUUUUUCUGGUGGACGUCGAGCAGGACCCCAGCAUCUACCCGAUCGUGGACCUUAACGGCACUGAGCAACACACCUUCUUGUCCAGCGUGCCGCCGCCCCUCUGGCCCUCGCGGGCGCCACUGUCGUCCCCGCCCUCCGGACCUGAGGCUGCAGCGGCCGCGGCGCUGUUCAGCCGCGAGUGCAGGCCAAGCCGCGCACGGUUGGGUACAUUGCGGGUCAUGCUGUGGGUUACCACUGCCUACUUCUUCCUGCCCUUCCUGUGCCUCAGUGUCCUCUACGGGCUCAUCGGGCGAGAGCUGUGGAAGAACCGAGAUCCGCUGCAAGGUCCUGCUGCCUUGGGGCGGGAGAGGAGCCACCGGCAGACAGUCCGCGUCCUGCUGAUGGUGGUUUUGGCAUUUGUAGUUUGCUGGUUGCCUUUCCACGUAGGCAGAAUCAUUUACAUAAACACCGAAGAUUCCCGGAUGAUGUACUUUUCUCAGUACUUCAACAUUGUCGCCCUGCAACUAUUCUAUCUGAGUGCAUCCAUCAACCCAAUCCUCUACAACCUCAUUUCCAAGAAGUACAGAGCAGCCGCCCGUAAACUGCUGCUUGCAAAACGGUCCAAACCAAGAGGUUUCUGCAGAAGCAAGGACACUGGGGGGGGCCCUGGGGGAGACACUGGAGUCACAGUUGGCUACACAGAGACCAGUGCUAACACAAAGACAAUGGCCUAACCAGCACAGCUGAGCCAAUUACAAGACUUUGGAGACAACAGGUCUGUAGAGAAAUAAAGACAGAAAGUGGGGUAUGAAUGCUGUUUAAGAAUGAGAGUUGUUGAAAUUUUGCAAGCUGGUUAGAAAUUGUUGGCAUGAUUUUUUUAAAAACCAAAGUAUAAAAUGUUUCUGUACCAGUUAUUACAGUUUCCCUUUCAUGUAUCUGUAUUCACUUUAGCAUCAUGAAAUCCCACAUCUAUAGUGUGUCUGGAAGAGGUUUUCUAAGUCUUCAUUCAUUCUACUCUGGGAAUAAGAUCAAUCAUUUUAUAGUUAAGUGAUAGAGCAAUGCUGCCUAAAAAUUGUCACCUCUGAGAUCAGGGGUGUAUUUUGUUCAGUUUGGGAUAUAAAUAUACAUAUACAAGGAAACAGGAUGAUGAGUUUGGAUCCAAGAAUUAUUUAAUACCUAUAUAUAGUAUAUUUAAUACCUAUAUAUGGCCAUAUAGACCAUAUAUGGCUUUGUGAAAAACUUUUAGAAGUAAGAAUUUCAGGUAGACUCCAAUGUUCAGGAGUCCCACCUCUCAACAGACUGGGAGCAAAUAAACUUUUGGCUAAAUGUGCUUUUUGAGACCUGCUAUGAAUAAAACCAGUGCAACCCACUUUUCCCUGGAACUGCCUAUGGGGUUGUACUAAUGCCACUAGCCUUGAAGUAGCAAAGUUGGGCACAGAGACAAGAGGACAGAGAGCUUGGCCUUCUGAGAUGACUACUGAUGAGCUUUGAAAAGAACUUUAAUCUACCUUCCUUUGUCUCAGCCUAUAUGGAUGAGAAUUGUCAUCAUCCCUGUUUUACUAGUGACAGAACUGACUCUCAGAUUUCCCAGACAGGAACUAGGAAGGCUUGAGUCUGAAUCCAGACUUUGAAAUACUCAC